AUGGACAAGAUUCUUCACUUGGGCAAGAAGAGAUCUGCCAAGCAAUCGCCGCCCAUCUCCAUCUCUUCCCCUACCCCGAGUCCAGCCUCUCCUUUCUACCCUUCCUCCAACGUCGCCUUUGUGCCCCAGACAUCAUACCAGCCAAGGGCCAGCGUCAACCUCACCCCCGCCGAGGCUAGUGUCUACUCCGGCAGCACCUACGCCAACUCGAGCAACGGCAGCAUCUACAAUGGCAGUGCUGGAAACGGUGGCGGUAACGGAGGAGGUAGCAGCAGUAACAGCAACAGCGGCGGUCAUGGAUAUCAAUCGCAUUCGGGCGAUUACUCGCCUUCGUCGCCGCCUCUUUCUGCUCACAGAGCAAACUCCAACCAUUACUCGGCCUCCUCCAGCCCUUACUUUGGCUCGGUCUCGGCCGCUACUGCUAAUGUGAUUGCCAGCUUUACGUCAGGACACCACCGAGCAUCUUCCAGCCAGGACCGACCAACAUCGCCCAAUAACUUUGACACGCAGUCAGUGCGCUCCUUCAGGACUUCGACGUCUGGCACAGCCAGCGAAGCUGGUCGAGCCGAGGCCCUUUCCACGACUCGUCCUCGUUCAGACCAGGAGAUUGAGGAUCGCUUUGUUGACGUUAUUAACAACAUGGGUAUGCACGAGCCAGAAAAGCGAGCAGCAAUGUCAAAACUGUCUCUGGCGAACAAGUGGCAACUCAUCUUAUCGCACGAGUCGCGGGAACAGAGCGAGGCCCGGAAGCGCGUGGAAGGAUUUAUUGACAAAACCUCACCAGAGUACUAUGUGCGAAAGCUACAAUCGGAUGCUGAUCUCAGGAAUAUGGACAUCAAAGUGCUUAUCGCCCUUCAUGUCUCACUAAAGUCCCAGCCAAUAUCGUGGGUUCGCAUCUUUAUCCAGAAUCGCGGUCAACAAAUUCUCUCCAGCUCAUUGGCAACCCUCAAUCAUCGUCCGUCAAGACGAGAUACGGAUUUGGCAAUGGAACAUGAGAUUGUCAAGUGCUUGAAGACAUUGCUCAACAACAGAUGGGGCGCACAGGAAGCCAUCAAGCACCCACGUUGCAUUUCGGCACUCUGUUUCUCCAUCACAUCCCCUCAACUCCAGACGAGAAAGUUGGUCGUCGAGGUGCUGACCUUCUUGUGUUACUGUGAGGUCCCCAUGGGUCACAAGCUCGUCCUGGAAGGUCUGGAUGAGGUUCAAGAGUACUGGAAGGAGAGUGCGCGCUUUGAUGCAUGGAUGCGUAUUCUGGAGAACACCAUCGACGGACGCGGCCGUUUCGGAACCAUGGUUGGCAUGAGCGAGGAACUGAAGAAGUCGGGCACACUGGACAGUCAUUUGAUCGAAUACGUGCUGUCGAAUGUGAUCUUUAUCAAUGCACUGUUGCAAGUUGUGGAUGACAUUGAGCUGAGAAUCCACCUCCGAAGCCAACUUACGACCAGUGGAUUGACCCGAAUCAUUUCUAAAAUGAGGAGUCUUGGUCAUGACCUGAUCGACAUGCAGUUGAACAUUUACGAGGAUGAGGCGGAGAACGACUAUGACGACAUGGUCGAGUUCUACAACCACCAGAUCUUGCAUGAUAUGUCCGACCCUUACGAUGUGUUCCAUGCGCUACUCCGUUCCGUCGAAAGCAGCAGGGCAUACGACUUUUUCUUAUCGCUGCUACAGCAUAUGCUGCUGAUUCGUGAGGAGGGUGACCUAAGGAUUCGGUAUUUCCAGCUUAUGGAUGCGAUCGUAACUCAAGUUGUCCUUGAUCGACGUGGCAUUACUGACAACUUUGAGCAAAAGAUUGGAAUCUCUGUCAACCAGCUCGUGGGCAAACUCGUGGACCAGGAUCGUUUGAAUGUCGCGCUCGAUGACGCCAAACAGGCACGACAGGAGCUGGACAAUGUUCUUAAGCAGAAGAAGCAGCUAGAGCAGGAGUCUGGACAACGAGAUGAUGGCUUGGUUUCCCAACUGAGAGCCAAUAUUUAUUCGCUGGAGGAUCUCUUGCGGCUCUCUCGGCAUACCAUCCAGACACUUCAGGCCAAGUUGAACGAGGUUGAGAACGCGACACAAACCAAGAUUGAUGCACAGGACUCUCAACUGAGAUAUUUGACCAAAUCUUUGGAGGAUGCCAACACCCAGAUGCAGGAAGCUGGCAUGCAGACCGGAGUCUCGAUUGGCACUGGCCAACAAACUGGCUACGGCAAUGGCUACGGCAACGGAUAUGGCAACAACCAUAUGGGGGGUCAAGCCCCGCCGCCUGUUCACUAUCCUAUGCCCACGAUCGACAAGGAAAAGAUCCGACGCCUCAUGGAAGAGACCCGGCUGGAAGGCCAGAAGAGAGCCGGUCGCGUGCCUCCUCCACCUCCAUUGCAGCUGCCUGACUCCAAUGUCAACAACAACAACAACAACAGCAGCAAUAACAACAAUGUUCAGGAUCAAAAGGGCGCAUAUUUUCACCCUAGCGAGCCUUCUGCUCACGAGGAGAUGGGUUCACACGGAUACAAUAACCAGCCAGCCAUUCUGGAGGAGAUGGGUUCAAACAGCCAUGGCGACCAGCCUUCUGGAAAGGGCCAUUCUGGAAUCAGACACGCGGGGGAUGGCGACCAGCCUGAUUACAUUGCCGAUUACAUUGGUGACGGUGACGAUGAUGAAGAACUAGCAAUACUGGACACAACAGCAGCUGGAGUACCACCGCCAGCGCCGCCACCACCUCCAAUGGGAGGAGCUCCACCACCACCACCUCCGCCGCCUUCGACAGGCGUGCCUCCUCCUCCUCCUCCACCCACUGGCGGAGCGCCGCCACCACCACCUCCGCCCUCUGGUGGACCUCCACCUCCUCCCCCACCACCUUUUGGAGGACCGCCACCUCCUCCUCCUCCACCAGGCAUGAUGGGCCCACCUCUCUCACCGCCUGGUUCAGCUACUUUGGGCAGUAUGAUUAACGCGAUGAACAAGGCCAACGCAGCCAAGUUUGGUGGCAACAACUCCGACUCUGAUGAUGAACCUGCACCUGGAAGUUUCGCCGCAUUGUUAGCCGCCAAGAAGAAGAAACUUGGAACUGGCGCUGCUCUGGACGCUAAGCCAAAGCCACCUCCAGCACCUGCCCCACCCAUGGCCGGUGGCCCACCACCACCUCCUCCUCCUCCACCUGGCAUGGGUGGCCCGCCACCUCCACCUCCACCACCAGGCGGCAUGGGAGGCCCACCACCCCCUCCUGGUGCACCUAUGAUGGGCAUGAUGAUGAACGCGAACAGGAAGAAGGAAGCCGCCAUGGCUGGGGUCAAGCUGAAGACACUUCAAUGGGACAAGCUUAACUACAUGGCUGUCGGAAACACUGUUUGGGGCUCUGGUGGAGUGGACGAAGAUGCGCUUCAGCGUGCUUUGGGCGAUAGCGGUAUCUUUGGAAGCAUGGAGCAGCUGUUCGUGGCCAAGGUUGCUGAGUACAGGGAUCCUCGUCCCGCCAGGAAGGCACGAGAGAUCCUUAUCCUGGAGCAGCGCCGUGCCCAUCAAAUCAACCUCAUGUUGGGAGGAAUGAAGCACACGAACCCAGAAAUCCGUCACGCUAUUUACCGUAUGGACGAGGAGUUCUUGACCUUGGUGCAGUUGACCAACUUGCUCAAAUACGUGCCCGACGCUGAAGAGAGAGGUAAACUUCUGGAGUACAAGGAUGCAUCGGACGACGUGAAGGUGCAACUGGGCAGAGCUGAGGCCUUCUUUGUCGAAAUUUUGACGGUUGACCGCUACCAGCAACGUCUGGAGGGUUUCAUUUUCAAGGUGACCUUCCAGGGUGUCCUUGACGGCGUCAACGAGUCCAUCAAAGCUAUUUCGGCAGCCUCGAGAAACCUGAGGAAUGCCAAAUAUUUCAAGGAGUUGCUUAACCUGAUUCUCAUGCUCGGAAACUACAUGAACGGUUCCAGUCACAACGGAGGUGCUUUCGGAUUCAAGAUUGCCAGUAUCAACAAGUUGGUCGACACGAAGGCAUCGAACACUCCCGGCGUGACACUUUUGCAUUUCUUGACCAACAUCACGGAGUCGACGCUUCCAGAGCUAUUGCAAUACCAGGACGAGAUCCGGUCCUGUGGCGACGCGUGUCGUGUUUCGCUGCCCGAGCUGCAAUCUGAUUUCAAGAUGAUUGAGAGCAAGCUGAAUGAUAUCAAAGCCGAGCUGCGCUCUUACUACCCCGAUGGUCGCCAAGCAACGCCUGACGAUCGGUUCCACGAAGUGAUGACACCGUUUAUUCUGUCUGUCGAGGCUGAGUUUGCUGUUACCAAGGUCGCGAUGGCGGAGCAGGAUGUCUUGUACAAGGAGUGUGUCAAGUUCUAUGGCGAAGAUCCUGUCAACAUGAAGCCUGACGAGUUCUUUGGCAUCUUCAAAACCUUUACAUCUUCCUUUGAGAAAGCAAGAGAAGACAAUCGCAAGCAGAGAGAACGAGAUACCCAGCGCGAAAAGGCCAAGCUUGCGGCCAAGCAGCGUCAAGAACAGAUUGCGGCCAAGAGGAACCGUCUGCAGGUUCCCGACAUCAGUGGCGAGGGCUCGACUUCGGAUGUGGAUGGCGGCAGCGACGACAAGGGAAUGAUGGACAGCUUGCUCGAGACGCUCCGAAACGGAGGCGAUACCGAGGCCUCGCGUCGGGACCGUCGUCGCAAGAAGCGGAUGGACCAUUCUGCAUCGGUUGCUGUCAAGGCUCAGGACUUGUUGACUUCACUUAGAGAAGAUAAUGGACAAGUCGCUGUCGAAAAUUGA